CUAACCAAGGAAGGCUCUUUGGAAGUGUAGUCACUGUUCUAAUGUAGGAAACCUGGCAGGUAAUGUGAGCACAGCAAGAUCCCACAAGCAGCAAACGUGAUAAAUGGCCGCAUUUGUUGGUCUGAGGGAUGAAUGUUAACCAGGGCACCGGUGCUAACACUGCCACUGCCACCGCCACCUCCCCGCCCUUCCCCGAAACUGCGCUCCUCUUUGAAACAGUUGGACCUUUUGCAUCUCCCUGAGAGGGCCGAGGGGUUUAACCUCUUGCCUGAAAUUUGGCGCCUCCAGCAGCGUGGCACUCCCUCGGUGUUGCUGGCCUUGAAUCCUAGUGCCUCCUGGAGUGGGGCUUGUACUCGCAGCCUUCUGAGUGAGAAGCUGUCGGAAGGCAUUCAAGGGCACAGUCAUGAAGUUGUACAGCCUGAGUGUGUUUUACAAAGGUGCAACAGGGGCUAACCUUCUGAAAGCUGCCUACGAUGUUUCGUCCUUUAGUUUCUUCCAGAGGUCAAGCGUCCAGGAAUUUAUGACCUUCACAAGUCAACUGAUUGUGGACCGUUCACAGAUAGGGAGCCGAGCUGCGGUGAAAGAGCAAGAUUAUCUUUGCCAUGUCUGUAUACGGAACGACUCCUUGGCAGGGGUGGUUAUUGCAGACAGUGAAUAUCCAUCAAGAGUCUGCUUCACGCUACUCGAUAAGGUAUUAGAGGAAUUUUCCAAACAAGUGGACAGCAUAGAGUGGCCUUCGGGUUCUCCGAACGUGAUCAGCUACACGGGACUGGACGCUUACCUUGCCCGUUACCAGAACCCUCGAGAAGCUGACCCUAUGAGCAAGGUACAAGCAGAACUGGAUGAGACCAAAGUAAUCUUGCAUAACACAAUGGAAUCGCUGCUGGAGCGUGGGGAGAAGCUGGAUGACCUGGUGUCCAAAUCCGAAGUUCUGGGCACGCAAUCUAAAGCCUUCUACAAAACCGCUCGGAAACAGAAUUCCUGCUGUGAGAUCAUGUGAUUCCCAGACUGGGCCCCACUCAGUCCUCUGCCCUCCACGAACAUUCGGAUUGUACAAGGAAAUAUCUUUUUCAGUGUGUGGGGACAAAACAGCAACUCUGUCGGCAGUCUUUCCUGGGCGAGUGAUUGUAUGUCUCACACCGUGGAACAUCGCACCAACUGAGGCCACUCGACAAUUACUAUGGCUUGCAGUCGCAAUAAUAGAUGGUGCUGCUUCUCUGUUUGGCUUUAUGGAUGUGAGUGAGCGUACAAGCUUGCCCUUAUGGCGUUUUGGAUACCUCUCUAGGAGCCACUGAUGUAUUCAUGAGCGGAGCAGCUACAGGCUCCUGUUAAAAUUUGUUUGAGUUGUGACCUGUUCCAGAUAGUUGUGUCAGUGUGUGUAUGUGUAUGUGUCUGUGCACGCACGUGCACAUCUGUAGCUCUGGGGAGCGUGCAUAUUGUGGUUAAACCCACCUUAGAAUCAUUUAAUCAUUUCCAUCAAUUUAACUGACCUUUUUCUCCUCCUCUUUGUGUCCUGAGUAAAGCUUUGUACUUGUUGUGCAGUCGAUAUGGCUGGUGAUCCUCCAGGGUGUGCACAUGCAAGCCUGGAUAUUAAAUCCAUUGAAGCUUAAUACUGUACACUCCCUCUAACUACACAUGCACACUAGUCAGGCUAUGCUGCUUGGUGGUCAGAUACACACUGGCCCAAAAUGAUGCGGUUGAAUCAUAAAACUCCCCUUGCUUAGAUGUGCACUGACUUCGAUUGUCCCCGUGUGUCCGUCUAUGGGGCAUUGAGUCAAAUGUUAGCAUUAGCUUCUGCUCAAUGCAUUGAGAAAUGCAGUAAGAGCCAUUCGUUCAGGCAGUCAUUGUGAAAUUCGGCUGUGAUUGGAUAGGAGUUUCCUUUGCGGGUGGGUUGGAGUUUCAGGGGCAGAGCAGUGUCCAACUUUGAAAUCCCAUUACUGUCCCCCUCCCACAAGCUGUGCUGGUCCCCCUCCCCCAGUAGCUAGCUGGGCUCAGCUUGUGGGCAGAGCAUUGUGAAGGUGUGGGGAAUACCCACUGUGCUGAUAAUUGAUGCAAAUUUAUUGCUGGGGUGUCAGCCCUAGGGUGAGGCAGUUCUGUUUUUAAGUUCCACUCACUUGUCCCCCUCACGCGCUCUGCCCAGUUCUUCUCCAGUUGCAGCGAUGUUUCCGACGCUACGAACUUGGAGGAGUAAAUAUCUCUUUUUCGACUAGAUCCUGGUGCCUUUUUACAUCCUCUAUCUUUGCAGCUCAGGUGGCCCUGAAUAAGUGAGCAGAACACUUGAACCAGCAGUUAACUUUGGUGAAAGAAUUGCCUUCAUGUGCUGAAGUUGAUUGGUCCGGUUGAAGUUCCUUUUCUUCAAAAGCAUUCCUACUAAGUCUACCCAAUAGCUCGCUCAAAGGCUAAUUUUGGUAUAACACCUUGCACGUAGGCGGGCCCUUGUUACAACCAAGUCUCUCACUCCAUGUUCAGCAAACUUAGAAAAAAACCAUUAAGAUGUUCAGGCUUCCACAGACUGGCCUGGUGUCAGCUUCUGUAGUAUCUCUGCUGCACAAGCCACAGAGUAACGCACUGGAUUAGAUCGGAACUCUUCCAUGCAAAAGUAAGGAAGACCUUACGCUUGGAACGAUUAAAAUUGAUCCCACGAAGUAACGAACUGCUAAGCACUCAAGGUUGCUUUGAGCUCCUGCAGCGGUGGCCUGAUUUGAGACGCCGAAGGAUUCACUCCAUUACUGGGUUGAGAAGCGGCUGCAAUGAUGUGUUGGCAAAGGGAGCCGUGCAAAAUAUUUUUUGGAAAACAUUUUCCUUGUCGUAUUUUUGCUCCCAAAUGGUGCUGCAGGGCACAUGGAGGUUUAAAGGCACGAUGUAGAAGUGAACAUCUUUUUUUAAUGUUCUCUUUGUCAGUUUUAUGAGCAGUUCCUUUUGUGUCCAACGCUACCAGUUUCCUACCGAUACAGUGCUGUUCCGCUUUGUUCCAAAGUAAUUCUGCUCCAAAACCCUUCCAUCAACCCUUGCACAUUCCAAUUUUGAAAAAAAAAGUCCUAACCAGCGCCUUUAACCUUAGGGGUGUUCAGCAAGUUAAUGUGCGCACUUUACCCACUGUUUUAAGAAAUGCAGUUAACAUUGCUGUUUCAAUAGGCUUGCUUUAUACUUGUAGGGUAUAACGAUUGACACUUGAAAUAUGUUCUCUUCGGUGGUACUGUGCAGAAUCUUGAAUCGAAGAUUGUUUACUCAGGAGUGAAUGAUUUUACUCUGCUAAAAUAAAUUUCCAUCGUUUCUCACCCACUCCCCGCCCCGCCCCCAGAGUGCUACAAACUCAUUUGCCCCCUAUCUUCUGUGUUUUUAAGAAGCAGAUCAGUUUAAAUUAAUGUUCUGAAGUGUUAGCAAGGGAUUAAUCAUACUUGACCAAUCUAUUUAUUCCCUUUGAAACUCCUCAGUUUAUUUGUAGGGUUGCAGUGGCUUUCCAGCUUGGAAGGAUCUUUGCUGGAAACCUGUGCAGCCACCCUGCCCCCCCCCACCCCAAACCUCUCCAAUCCCAGCUCGGGAGUUGUUGGCUGCAUUGCCCAGACCUGCCGACUUGUGCUUUUGUGAGUAUGGUGGACAAAUUACCCAGUUUUACCUUUCCCUGUGUUUAAAGUUAACUAUGGAUUCAGCAGUCCCUGUGAUGUGUUUGGGCCAUUCUGUAAGGCGUGCACUUCUGUUCGGUGUCAACACGCAGUAUUUGCAAAAUGAAUGUGUUGGUGUUGCUUUCAAGAUUGCAAGGUCCUUAUGUGAUCUUUUUCAGUGAACUGUUCAUGUACAGUGACUGUAAACCCACAAAACGUUGGUAUUUAUUAUAGUAGCUCUUGUCCAUCUGAUGUAGGUAUCUCGCCGAGUAAGUUAUUUGGUUUUUUUUUUACUUUGCUAAAUUAAGUUUCCUCUUUUCCUUUCCUUCUCUUCCCCUGGCUUUUCCAUUUGGGAUGGAGAGAUGGGCAAGACCGCAGACUUGUGGCAGAGCAGCUCCAUGGUAUGAGGCAAACGUAUCCCUCACCUUUUGGAGCAGGGGCGACAUCAUUGUGCCCUCGGUGCCUACCUCAGGAUGGGGUGACCUUGGCAAGGUUGCCAACAAGCUCUAAGCGAGCUUACUGCCCCAGCAGAACUUGAAGCUGUACGGGCACCCAGAUUUUGUUCCGCGAACAUUUACUUGAUUUGAUCACUGGGCUCCAGGAAGAUGGAUUCUUGGCUGCCCACCUCUUGGAAAUGGAAGACAGCGCUAAGCACGCUGAUCAGCGGCUGAUUGGGAUAACAGUUUUGCUGUGCUCCCUGAGACUGCUGGGUGUGAGACUUGUCUCACUGGCAGCCCACGUUGGCACGGGGUCCGUAAUCUCGAUCCUAGUCUGAACAGUUCAUGCUGGUGUCGGGGGUUGGAUGGGGGGAGAGCUAUUGUGUGGAGUUCAAGGUUAAAACUGGAGGGCAGAGUUUGAAGGAAAUCAGUUCUGCAUUUGGUUUUGACCUCAGUACUGGAAACUGAAACUAGAGGAUCAAGGAUUCCAGCCUCACUUUCAGCACAAAAUUGACACAGAUUUGAUUUUAAAAAUGGAGGGUUGGGGUGAUGGAGACAAUGAUUUUAGAUGGAUUAUCCAAACUGGCAAGAUGUUCAAAUGUAACGCCGCGACUGGAAGUGAAGAUUUAAACACUCUAUAUAAAAAGUCUUAAGUAUUUUGCUUUUUUCCUAAUCAGGCAAAUUGUAAAUGUGCUGUAACAGAUAACUUAUUUUACUCUUGUUUGUAAACUAACACCGAAUGCUUAUGUACGGUUACCAGUAGGCUUUAGUCCACAGUUGUAUUUUGCUGAAGUUGCUGGUUUUAUUGUGACACAUUCAUUGUUUACACUGUAAUCUUGCCUUUUCACUAAGUAUAAAGUUUGCCUUCAGAA